UCAGAGAUACAAUGUAGUAGAAGAGAAGAUGGCCGCGAUGGGUCGGAGUAGCGGUUGGAGCGGCAAUGUAGGGCUCUUGCUUGGCGUGGGUGUUUUGGUUGGACAGAGUGAAAAUGUAAAUGGUGUUCUGUGUUACUGUGAUGGAGACUGCCCAGAUAAUGCAAAUGGUACAUGCAUUGGCUAUCCUGGAGGACAAUGUUUUGCAGCAAUUGAAGAAGCCCCCAUGAAGGAUGGAACUUGGGAACUUAUUCAUACUUAUGGCUGCUUAGCACCAGAGGGAGUUCUGAUGCAGUGUAAAGGAAAUCUGGUCCCACAUAAAAUAGCGAGAUCGAUCUUGUGUUGUAAUGAUACGGAUUACUGCAACAAGAAUCUUGAACCAAAAAUAGAAAACAGAGUUACAACACCAAAACCAGGAUUUGGAUAUGAUGAGAGCAUACCUUAUAUUGCUCUCAUUGUGUCAAUAACAAUCUGCCUCAUAAUUUUUCUAGUAAUCAUCGCAUGUGUGUAUCUGAGGUACAAAAAGCGUGAAGAUAGACGGCUUUAUAUGGAACACAGUUGUGAUCCAUAUCUAACAAAUAGUGGUACACUACAGGAGCUAAUAGACCAGAGCUCUGGUUCAGGAUCUGGUCUUCCUUUGCUGGUUCAGCGCACUAUAGCAAAGCAAAUACAGAUGGUACAUUCUGUGGGGAAGGGCAGGUACGGAGAAGUGUGGCUGGCGAAAUGGCGAGGAGAGAAAGUGGCAGUGAAAGUAUUCUUUACUACAGAAGAAGCAAGCUGGUUCAGAGAAACAGAAAUUUACCAGACAGUUUUAAUGCGUCAUGAAAAUAUAUUAGGAUUCAUAGCUGCCGAUAUUAAAGGUACAGGCUCUUGGACCCAAAUGCUAUUAAUAACAGACUACCAUGAAAAUGGGUCUCUUCAUGACUAUCUUCAAACGCACGUGCUAGACUCAUCGUCUCUGUUAACUCUAGCAUUAUCAGCAGCAAGUGGUGUAGCUCAUUUGCAUACAGAAAUUUUUGGAACUAGAGGCAAACCUGCCAUUUCACACAGAGAUAUUAAGAGUAAAAAUAUACUUGUCAAAAAGAAUGGAGAGUGUGCGAUUGCUGACUUUGGCUUGGCAGUGAGGUAUAUUAGUGAAAGCAAUGAAAUUGAUAUUGCUCCAAAUACUCGUGUGGGGACUAGGCGCUAUAUGGCACCAGAGGUUUUGGAUGAAACACUUGAUACAACAGCUUUUGAAGCUUUUAAGAUGGCUGAUAUGUACUCAUUAGGCCUUGUUUUUUGGGAAAUGUGCCGGAGGUGUGUUACUGGUAACAAACACACUGCAGCAGAUGACUAUCAACUGCCUUACUAUGAUUGUGUUCCAAGUGACCCAUCAUUUGAAGAUAUGCAUACAGUUGUCUGCAUGAAAAAGAUCCGUCCCAUUAUAUCAGAGAGGUGGUACUCUGAUGAGGUUUUACGGACUUUAACGAAGAUAAUGCAAGAGUGCUGGCACCCAAACCCAGCUGUGAGAUUAACAGCACUUCGUGUAAAGAAAACACUCUGCAAAUUGCAUGCAGAUUCAACAUUAAAAAUCGUGUAGUCGCUGUUGGAUUCUGUGUGACAUACACUGUCAACUCAAAUGUAAAAGUGAUGUGCAAUUUUGACGAUGUGUAUAUUAGGAAGACACUGUGCAGUUUUGUACUUCGAAGAAUGUUCGCGAAUGUGUGGUGUGUUUGUGUGUGCGUGUACAUUUAUGGAGAAUUGGGGGGGGGGGGGGGGGGGGAGAUAUUGCCUUGACAUCAGGGCCAAAGUGACUCAAGAUUUGUGAUACUUUCUUUUUACUUCAUAGACAUUUUAUAUGAAAAAAUAUUUAUUAUUUUAUACUUCCUGAAAGACAUGGCACACAAUAGUGACUGCAGUGUUCGGAAAUAUUUAUUUUUUUCUCUUUCCAUCAGAAAUGAUGAAACUAAUUGCUGCUCACUUUAUAAGUUAAGGUGACUAUUUUUAAUGGUGUUUUACUGAUGAAAUUACUUCAGUAUUUGCACUGUUUUUGGAAAGGUUUUGUAUUUUUGCAGAAGGUUGUGUAUAUAUAUUUUUCAAGGCUCAGCGGUUAUUCAGCAGCCUUAAGGAAAUGGUGUUCCAUGUAUGAACAUACCGCCCUUCUAAAUGUGUUUCAAAAAUACAUUUCAUUAUGAGUAAUUUGUUUUUGUCAAGCAGCUUAACUUUGUUGCUGUUCACUUUUCUUGCCCUUGGAAAAAUUUGUGUACUGUGGACACAUGUUAACAAACCCAUUUUGAUUCAGUUCAUAAAUUACAUAUGCAAAAAUGUAAGUACAGCGUUUGUUGUGAUAGUGAGUUUUGUACCUGCCUAUCCUGUGCUGAGUAGCAUUAUACUGUCUAACUUCAUGGAGAUGUAUUUCAUUGGUAAAUUAUAAUUUUGUUUGUAUAGUUUGUGUCACAUUUUGUGUUUGUUGUAAAUACGUGUGUGUAUUAUAAGUCCAGAGCUUAUGGCCCUUGCAGAUACUAAUGAGAGUUUUAAACAUCACUUGAUUGUGAAACUGGUUGUAAGGAAUCUGCAGUGUUAUUGGUCUCCGUUUAAAUAUACCACAAAUGUGAAAUAUAUUGUUUCUAGACAGUUUGAAAGAA